AAGGGAAAUAGCAAUAUUGUAAAUCAGAUCCUCCAUUUACCAAUUCUAAACCGAUGAUCCCGGGGAACGACGAAAGGCUCAGAUGACAGACAAGCACCUUCUCUCGAGAUCAACGGCCACGUCAUCCUGCAAUAACGUGGGUCCCCACACUUGGAUAUCUCCGCUCUUCCAUUUCUGCAUUUCUUAGGUCAAAGAUCGCCCCUUUCGCCGUCUCUCAUAUAUAUAUAUAAUAUAAACCUCUCGCUCUCCGCUCUCUUAUCGUAACAACUCACUUUUAAAUCUCUUUCUGUUUCUCUGUUCAAUAAUCUGCUGCAAUGGCCAAGAUUAAGAUCGGUAUUAAUGGAUUCGGAAGGAUUGGGCGUUUGGUUGCAAGAGUUGCAUUGCAAAGAGACGACGUCGAACUCGUCGCCGUUAAUGAUCCCUUUAUCUCAACUGAAUACAUGACCUACAUGUUUAAAUACGAUACCGUUCAUGGACAAUGGAAGCAUCAUGAUAUUAAGGUUAAAGAUGAUAAGACGCUUCUCUUUGGUGACAAAGCUGUCACUGUUUUUGGCUUCAGAAAUCCUGAGGAGAUUCCAUGGGGACAGAGCGGUGCUGACUACGUAGUUGAGUCCACUGGUGUUUUUACUGACAAGGACAAGGCUGCUGCUCACUUGAAGGGUGGUGCAAAGAAGGUAAUUAUCUCUGCCCCGAGCAAAGAUGCUCCCAUGUUUGUUAUGGGAGUUAAUGAGAAGGACUACAAGUCUGACCUUAACAUUGUCUCCAAUGCUAGCUGCACUACCAACUGUCUUGCUCCUUUGGCUAAGGUUAUUCACGACAAAUUUGGUAUUGCUGAGGGUCUUAUGACAACUGUCCACUCCAUUACUGCCACCCAAAAGACCGUUGAUGGACCAUCGAUGAAGGACUGGAGAGGUGGUAGAGCUGCUUCCUUCAAUAUCAUUCCUAGCAGUACUGGAGCCGCUAAGGCUGUAGGGAAAGUGUUGCCCGCACUGAAUGGAAAGUUGACUGGAAUGGCUUUCCGUGUUCCCACAGUUGAUGUCUCAGUGGUUGAUCUAACUGUUAGACUUGAGAAGAAGGCUACUUAUGAAGAUAUCAAAGCUGCUAUCAAGGCUGAAUCUGAGGGAAAGCUAAAAGGAAUCCUCGGGUACACUGAUGAAGAUGUCGUCUCAAGUGAUUUUGUGGGUGACAGCAGGUCAAGCAUUUUUGACGCCAAGGCUGGAAUUGCACUGAAUGAUAACUUUGUGAAACUUGUGUCUUGGUAUGACAAUGAAUGGGGUUACAGCUCACGCGUGAUUGACUUGAUCCGUCACAUAGCCUCUGUGCAAUGAGAAAGACUGUGGACCUCCUUUCCGGCUUAGGAUGCAGUUUAGUAUGAGUAGUAAUAAUUAAUGAUUAAGCUGUGACUCUGAGAAACAUGUUAGCGCUGAAACUUGUUUUGGAAAUUUUUGUAGUAGUAGGAAUGCUUUUGCAAUUCCUCAAAAGUGAGAAACUGGGAAGUUAAAUCAAUUCUCUCACUCGCCCCCAUGAAGCUUAUUUGCUUUUAUUGACUGAUUUGAAUCUUAGUUAUGCGCAUUUGAAUGAAUGGCUCCGAGUGAUGUCAUGCUUUAUUA